AUGGUCAGCGCCUAUCAAGACCUCAUCGCGGCCCAAGGUCGUGGAAAGUACGAGGGUUGGGCUGGAGAAUGUUCUCUCUCGACGAGGAACCGGCUGCGACAUACUAUCAAGCUGUUGCAGGAUAGACUGCAAGACCCCAAAAAGCAAAUGGAUGAUACUACAACUGCUACUAUCGUAUCUCUGGCCACGAUGGCCGAUGCUAUGGAGGAUCCUCAGGCUUUUGAGGCACACUCUAAUGGAUUGAGGCGGAUAGUUAAAAUGAGAGGUGGUUUGGAGGGAUACACACAUAACCGUCAGCUUCAGAUCAAGCUGUGCCGCGUCGAUCUCGGAUGGUCUAUAAGAAACGGCUGCAAACCCGAAAUCUACAGCGGCAGACCAGCCUGGGAACCCCUCCUCGAAGCCUUUGGAACCGUCGCAAGCUCCUUCGAGAUCCAAGAACCAUCGCUAAACUUUAUGAACAUCUACUACACCUGGGACUGGCGUCUCCAAAAUGCCUUCAAAGACCUCCGCGAUUUCUCAGCACUAGCCAAUAAACUCUCCCCCGGAGCUCAAAAACUCAAACCCGAAGCCUUUCAAGAAAUCAUGCUCUCGAUCCAAUACAGAUUAUUACAGCUUGACUUUUCCUCCCACCCAGAUCCUUUACAAGAAGCGCUCCGCGUUGGUCUUUUAGCCUACGAGUCAACCAUCUUUUUGCAAAUACAGAAAACAAAGUUAAAGUCGGAGUCUUUUGAGAUCCAGUUAAGGGAGGCUAUACAGGGGAUACCCGUGCAGGGAGAAGCAGUUGCGAAUGUCAAGCUGUGGCUUUUGCUUGUUGGGGCAAUAAUGGUGUUUGAGGGGACUGAGGAGUGGCUUGUGCAGUCUAUUCGGAGUCUGGCAGGGAGACAGGGAUGGGAUGAGGUGAGGGAGCGUGUGAGGGAGGUUAUGUGGAUUGAUGUGAUUCAUGAUGGGCCUGGUAAGGAGGCGUAUCAAGCUGCGCAGGUUUGUGGGUAA